AUGGCAGCCGACUUGGAAUCCGCCCAUGAGAAGCCUUCCUUAAUGGAAGACGGCCACCAUGACCAACAAUCCAACGAGUCUGACCAGACAGCCAUUGAACAAGAACAAGAGACAAAGGACAAUGUCGUCGACUGGGAUGGGCCAGACGAUCCCCAAAACCCCCGAAACUGGUCAGAAUGGAAACGGAUGACCCAAGUAGUCCUAGCCAGCGCUUUCUUGCUGACUGCAAACCUCGCUGCGACAAUGUUUGCACCCGGAGCCGCCGCCCUUGCCAGGGAGUUCCAUAUCACCAGUUCUACGAUCGUUAGUCUCACUGUGUCCAUUUACCUCUGCGGCUUCGCCGUUGGGCCGAUGUUCAUUGCACCACUAUCCGAGCUAUAUGGACGCCUUGUCAUCUACCACACUUGCAAUAUCAUUUACAUUGGCUUCAUCAUCGGAUGUGCUCUGAGCAAAAACACUGGCAUGUUUCUAGCUUUUCGAUUCAUUGCCGGGUGUGCUGCUUCAGGUCCAUUGACAGUUGGCGGAGGAACCGUCGCAGACGUCGUCCCGCCAGCUCAGCGUGGGAGGGUAAUGUCUUUAUGGAUGAUAGGACCACUUCUGGGACCCGUGUUGGGUCCGAUUAUUGGUGGCUUUGUGUCCGAGUCAAUUGGCUGGCGAUGGACUUUUUGGAUCAUCACAAUCCUAGCAGGAGUAUCAUUUAUCAUUUCAGUCUUCUUCCUCCGCGAGACCAAUGCCGUCGUGCUCCUAAAAUGGAAAGCUGCUCGCCUCCGGAAAGAAACUGGCAAUGCUGCUCUGGUUUCCAUAAUGGAUAAAGGCCUGACCCCCCGCCAGCUAUUCCUCCGCGCCAUUGUUCGACCAACAAAGCUUCUCUUCCUAUCGCCGAUCGUACUCCUCCUUUCCCUCAUGUGCGCCUUUGUUUUCGGCCUCCUCUUUAUCCUGUUUACCACGUUUCCCACCGUCUUCGAGGAACAAUAUCACUUCUCCGCAGGCAUUUCUGGCUUGUCAUAUCUUGGUGUCGGAAUUGGAAUGAUAGUCUCUCUCGGGGCCUACGCCACCGUGAGCGACAAGUUACAAAAAGCACUUGGAGAUUCGCCCAAACCUGAAGGACGCCUGAAGCCAAUGAUAUGGGCCAUGCCUGCUGUGCCCAUCGGCAUCUUCUGGUACGGCUGGGCAGCUGAGAAGCAGACUCACUGGAUUGUGCCCAUCCUCGGCACCGCCUUGUUUGGAUUCGGCUUUCUCUGGAUUAUAACGCCAACUCAGCUCUAUUUGGUGGAGGCUUUUGGCCCUGAGGCUGCUGCGUCUGCGUUGGCUGCCAACGUGAUUCUUCGACUUCUUUUUGCUGCUUUCAUUCCUUUGGCGGGCGUGGCCUUUCUUCCCGUACCACUCUUCUUCUAUCGUUAUGGAGGAUGGCUUCGGGAGCGUUUUGCUGUGAAACUAUGA